GGAUUUUGGGCGCUGUCUGAUCGCUGCCGACACACGCACCACUUUCUCCCUGCACACUCGGGACACGCAUCCCACUCUGCACCGCCAACCAUGUCUUACAGCAUCAAGUCCAGUGGUGUGUCCAGCGUGAGCCGCAGCCGCAGUUCUGGCGGCAGCUCCAUCAGGAUUGGUGGUGGCGGCGGCGGUGGAAGGUCGGGAGGGUUCAGCAGCCAUUCCCAAGGCUUCGGCGGCGGCGGUGGAAGUCGCUCCCGCAGCAGCUACAAGUCCGGCGGCAGCAGCUAUGGUGGUGGUGGUGGUGGAUUCGGGGGGAUCUCGGCGUCUUUCUCAUCCCAGGUGGCAGCGGGGCCCCCGCCAGAGAUCGACCGCAGCAUUCUGCCCGUGCGCAACCAGGAGAAGGAGCAGAUCAAGGGCCUGAACGACCGCUUCGCCAACUUCAUCGAUAAGGUGCGCUUCCUGGAGCAGCAGAACAAGGUGCUGGAGGCUCAGUGGAGGGCCCUGCAGGAGCGUGGCAGCGGAGGCUCCAACCUGGACUCGCUCUUCGAAGCCUACAUCAACGGGCUCAAGCAGCACCUGGACGGGCUCGGCAACGAGAAGCAGCGCCUUCAGGGCGAGCUGCAGCACAUGCAGGGCGCUGUCGAAGACUUCAAGGCCAAGUACGAGGAAGAAAUUAACACCCGCACCCAGAGAGAAAACGAGUUCGUGGUCGUCAAGAAGGAAGUCGACGACGCCUUCCUGAACAAGGUGGAGCUGGAGGCCAGGCUGGAUGGCCUCAACGACGAAAUCGAGUUCCUCAAGAAGAUCUUCGCCGAGGAGCUGCGCCAGCUGGAGUCACAGAUCAAGGACACGUCACUGUUCGUGAGCGUGGACACCAGCCGCAACCUGGACGUGGAUGGUCUCAUCGCUGAUGUGCGUGCCCAGUAUGAGGCCAUGGCCAGGAAGAGCCAGGCAGAAGCUGACGAUUUCUACAAGAAGAAGAUCACAGAACUCAGCUCCUCCGCUGGCAAGGGAGACGAUGACGUCCGCAACAGCAGGAACGAGAUCAACGAACUGAACCGCCAGAUGCAGCGCAUCAAGGCAGAGAUCGAGGCUCUGAAGAAACAGCGCGCCCAGCUGGAGGCAGCCAUCUCGGAGGCGGAGGGCCGCGGGGAGAUGUCCAUCAAGGAGGCGAAGGAGACCAUCGCCCGCCUGGAGGAGGAGCUGCACAAGGCCAAGCAGCAGAUGGCGCAGCACGUGCGCGAGUACCAGGAGCUCAUGAACGUCAAGCUGGCUCUGGACAUCGAGAUCGCCACCUACCGCAAGCUGCUGGAGGGAGAGGAGUCCAGGCUGAAUGCCGUUGCGUCCGGCAUUGCCAACCUUGCCGGGGCCAUGAGUGGAGGCGGCGGUGGCGGCGGCUACGGCUUCUCAAGCGGCGGCGGCGGCGGUGGCGGUGGCGGCAGUAGCUACGGCUUCUCAAGCGGUGGCGGUGGCGGCGGCGGUGGGUCAGGAUUCAGCUACGAGUCCUCCAGUAUGAGCAGCAAGAGGAGCUACUAAAGCGACACUCAACAAGAACAUCAACAACGAAAGUGUCCGUACCAGCCAAUGCUCCCCAACUGACACCGGUGGUCGCCUGUGCUCGUUUUUACAAAAGGUCGUUGCAUGGGUAUAGUGGCCGUCGGAAGGCAUGAAAUUUUUACUGCAUGUGUAUCCUUAAGUGACAGUAAAGAAUGGGUGGCGGGUUGUGAGACUUGGAAGAGGGCGUCGUAAUUGGGUCCACAAAUGUGCUGGUCUUGGCGUGUAGGGAAAAGCUUUGUACGUUUUCUAAUAAGCCUGAUGUUCUCCGAUCUUUCACGCUGUUGGCCACUAUCUCUGCAUGCACCCUUUUUAAUAGAAAGAAUAAAGAAACACUCCUGGUACUUAA